AUGUCGGCUCUUAGGCCCCAAUUGGCGGCCACUGAAGACCCGGAAGUGAUGGUACGUCAGGUGAAUCUCGCGGCAGCCUUUCACGACCACAUCUCGUGCACAAAGAUCUCUCAACAGUCGGUGACGACAGGGAUGUGUGCCCUCCAGACCUCCGUGUCCUCAGUGGACACACCGAUACACCAGUCGUCGGGCGUGGAGGUGGGCGUGGCCUUCGAGUCGUCGGUCGAGUCUGACCACAUGUACGCCACGGACAACAAGAUGAUGGGCGACACGACAGGCCUGUUGGCCAACGGCUUGAUUCGGACGAACAGUGCGCUGACGGGCGGCGCCCUCUCCUCCGAGAAGAACCAGAUCUCGCGGUUGACUGAAAUGAUUUUGGGUCAGUUGGACCUCAUUCAGCACCAACAGGAACAGCUGCUCAAAAAGGACAGACAGCUCCAGGGCCUCAAACAGGACAGAGAGGCGCUGUGUCUGAGGCUCGAGAAGAUGGAGAAGAAGAUCGCGGUUCUGAUGACCAAAGUGGCCAACAGUGCCCUCAACGCAGUGCCCAACCAUGCGGUCAAUAGUAAUGCGAACACUGUUUGUGUGAAUAGUCUGUCCGUUAAUAGCAAUCGCAACGCGAGUCAAGUGACGAACAGUCAACUCAUUGCCACUAAUAGUAACCAAAACACCGCAGAAACCGAUUGCGAACAAAGCGGAAGCGAUACCAUCGUUGAGAGCGAAGCCAAUAGCGUCGUCGGCCUCUUCACGGACCCCACAGUCUUCACCAAACUGUACGCCAAACCCACGCCAUCGACAGCGAGUAAUACGAGUGUUAAUAAUGUAAAUAAGAGUCAAUUGAUAUCAAAGAACACCACAACGACUGUUAAUAACGUAGUGAACGUUAAGAUCAAAACUGAGCCACAAGUGAGCGCCGGAACCGAUAAAACGUGCCGCGACUACGACGACGACGACUACCACCACAACCACCGCAGGCACUGGUGUUUCAUCGGUUCGCAAGAGUCGAAAAAGACAGGCGACGCCAGAAGUGACACAAACGCCGACCACAACCACAACGACGACGACUACAACAGCGCCGACGAUGGCAACGCCCGUAACGGCGAGCGCCUCGUCGGCGAAGAAACGCAACAAAACAUAAAAACUGAGAAUAAAAAGGAUUUAAUGAAUACUAAGGAGAGUUCGUGCGAUUCUUUGAGCACUUUUAGUACAACUAAAAGCAACAAAACGUUAAACACUGUGAAUAAUAACCGCAAACGAGUGGCGAAACCCAAAAGUGAGACCUCAUCCACACGUGUAGAGACGGCCACAACUCAGCCCACAAUAGUUGCGCCAAUUGUUAGGACUUAUCCCGUGAUCAAAGACAUAUUGACGACAACAAAGCCUUACGAUAUUGUCGUCAACAACACAACCAUUGAGGAGUUGUGUGUAAAUAGCGAGUCGUUAGACAUUAAAUUAGAUAAUUGUUCAGUUGAUGAAAGCAUUAGUAGAACUGUUUCUGAAAGUGAUAGUGAAGUAAUAGAAGUUCCCAAUUGGCGCCUACACCCUGUCAGCAGCUGCUACUCACUCGAGGGCACAGAGAAUUUAGACGACGAGGUCUUCAACAGAAGGCAUCAGAAGUUAGAGAACGACGAGAGACGCAGAAAAAGAUGGGAUAUACAGAGACUGCGAGAGCAGCGCCACAAUGAGAGACUACGCACCGGUCGUUAUUAUAGCCAAAGUUUAGGCAAUUGUGUCAAUGAAAAGCCUACGGAUCUCAAGAAACAGAGCUCAGAAUUCACGUCUUUCUACCCGGAGAUCACAAGUCUCCACUCCCUAGAAGUGACGGAUAAGUUACCUAUCAUUGCGUUCGGACAUCCCAUUCCUAAACUGCCCACAAAAUAUUUUUCGUUGCCGUGGAAUACGUGUGAGAAGACCGAGAGGAUAGAGAAACCCGAGAAGAAUGAGAAGCCGGAGAAACCGCAGACGUCUGGGAGGGCCUCCCGGAGCUCACCUCAAAAGAAAUCCUAAUUACGAUAUUAACUGUAAAAAGCAUUAAAUUAUUUCAGGGCUUAAGGUUAACAGAGAACUAAUUGAAAUGAAAAUAACUACUCAUUAAUUAAUUAAUUGUUUGAAAC